UACGUCAUAACCAGGAAAAGUGGAAAGAGAUUUUCGAGUAAAAAUAUUACUUAAAUACUUUACAACCCUGCGUUUAAAAUGCGUCGUGGCGGAACUGGGGAGACGAAAGAUGCCAGUGAAGAAGUGCAAAAAAUAUGUGACGAGAUAAAGUCACAUGUCGAGGAUAAAGCUGGGCGGACGUUUGACGUUUUCAUCGCCAAAUCUUAUAGAACACAAGUUGUUGCUGGGACAAAUUACUUUAUCAAGGUGCAUGUGGGUGAAGACGACUUUUUACAUCUACGUGUUUAUCAAACUCUUCCCUGUUAUGGACAAAAACUAGAGCUACACGGCCUGUUGACAUCCAAGGCUCAUCAUGAUGCUAUUGAAUAUUUCGACCAUAACCUCUAGGAAGACACCCAGGCAUAAUAUUUCACGCAAUUGAUCUAACAAACAUUAUAUGACCCCGUGUAACCAUGAGUAAAAGAUAAUGAAGAUUUUGUUUUUAUUGCUGCCUUCACGUGCUAUAAUUUGAUCAUUCCAACUUCUGAAGUCGUGAUUACGAGAUUGUUGUCUUCAGGCAAGAUGUUACCAAAUAUUUUAAUGGGAAACAGUGUGCAUAGCUAACCUUAACAAUGUAAUCAUAAUUAUUAAUGUGAAUUAAACAUCAAAACCUUUUAUACUCUAUAUGUUUAUAGACUACACAGACAAAAAGAAAAAAAUGAUUUUAUUGCUAUUUUAAAACUCAUGCACUUAACAGUCACAUCUGUGAUUGGCUGUAAUGAUGAACACUGCAAAAACAGUUAAAGAAACCUUUGAUGCAACGUAAGCAGAUGAAAGUGCUGAAAUCUACAUUAUUUAAUUGCAUUGAAAGCAUAUAUAUAUAUAUAUAUAUAUAUAUAUAUAUAUAUAUAUAUAUAUAUAUAUAUAUGUUUGUUUUUAACUAGCUUAUAAACAUAUUACAUUUUACAAUAAGGUUGUAUUAGUAAACAUUCGUAAUGCAUUAACUAACAUAAACAAUAUAGUUUUUCAACAGGCAUUCAUUAUUUUUAAUGUUAGUUAAUGUUAAUACAGUUAUUUGUGUUAGUUAAUGCAUUAAUUAAUGUCAGUUAUAAUAAUUGAUUUUAUAAAUGUACAAGUAAAUGCCAACCGCUCUAAGAUUAAUACAUACUGUAAAAUAAUUGAUCAUUAGUUAAUUUUAAUGCAUUAACUAAUUGAUAACAAAUACAACUUUGUUAUCAAAUGUUUUGCAACAAAAUUGUUUAAAAUUACUAAAAUAACAAAUUUUUUGCAUCAUAUUGACCUUUGUACAUUAGCAAAGUAUUGCUAAAAUGUGAUGGGCCUAUGAAUAAAAGGACACAUGCAUACAACGAAACAA